CAUUUUAAAACGCACUUAUUAAACUCCAAGGCCCAUGAUGCUUUGCUGCACCACGUCCUCACCCCGCCUCGUGACCGAGCCCGGUACAAGAAAUAGAGGUGACCCUCGAAAGAAGUGGCAGAGUCGCAGAUUGUGGAACGAGCUCUCUACAGAAUGUCUGAUCCUAUCCGAGUUCUGGUGACCGGCGCGGCCGGGCAGAUCGCCUACUCCCUGCUGUACGGCAUCGCCAAGGGAGAUGUGUUUGGAAAAGAUCAGCCGAUCAUCCUGAUUCUGCUCGAUAUCCCUCCCAUGCUGCCCGUCCUGGACGGCGUGGUCAUGGAGCUGCAGGAUUGCGCUCUCCCACUUCUGAAGGAGGUCAUCCCUACAGAUAAAGUGGAAGUGGCAUUUAAGGACCUGGAUGCUGCUAUUCUGGUAGGCUCCAUGCCCAGGAAGGAGGGAAUGGAGAGGAAAGACCUGCUCAAGGCCAACGUGGCCAUCUUCAAGUCUCAGGGCGCAGCUUUGGACAAGUACGCCAAGAAAACGGUCAAGGUUCUGGUUGUGGGAAACCCGGCCAACACCAACUGCCUGAUUGCGGCUAAAUCGGCUCCCUCUAUCCCCAAAGAGAACUUCUCCUGCCUGACUCGCCUGGAUCAUAACCGUGCCAGUUCUCAGGUGGCAAUGCGCUGUGGCGUUUCAGCCAACAGCGUGAAGAACGUAAUUAUCUGGGGAAACCACUCGUCCACCCAGUACCCUGAUGUCCACCACUGCUUAGUGAACGUGGGGGGCAAAGAAGUGCCUGCGUUCGAUGCCGUAAAGGACGACAACUGGCUGAAAGGAGACUUUAUCUCUGCAGUGCAGCAGCGUGGGGCAGCAGUCAUUAAGGCACGCAAGCUCUCCAGCGCUAUGUCUGCUGCGAAGGCCAUCUGUGAUCACAUGAGGGACAUCUGGACUGGCACUUCUGAGGGCCGGUUUGUCUCCAUGGGUGUGUACUCCACCGGAAACCCCUAUGGCGUUCCUGAUGACCUCAUCUAUUCAUUCCCGGUCGAAAUCAAGGAUAAAUCCUGGAAGAUCGUUGACGGUUUGACCAUCAACGACUUCUCACGAGCCAAGAUGGAUGCCACCGCAGCCGAGCUGGUGGAGGAAAGAGACACCGCCAUCUCCUUCCUGAGCGUGUGACUAGGUCCUACGCCAAACACGCACCUCCACCCAGACGCACGUCUGUGAAAACGCCCCCCAAAAUAAAGCACUCCACUCUUCUUCCUUCUCCCUUCUUCCCUCAACAUGCAUUUCAAUACAAAAUCUUUAGAUUACAUCGAUAUGUGUGUGUGAUACUUUUCAACCUGUACAUUCUAGAUGUCUGGAACUCGGCUUGUGUUUCAAUUCAUCGCUUAGUGCCUCCUCUCUCCUCUUUAAUCUUUUAGAGAAUGCGCACAAAUGAGACGGUCAGGGAGAGAACGUACCCAGACGGUGCAGUAGGUCAUAUCCACAAUACAUAAGGUCAAUAAAGUCUCUUUCUCUGGAUGUGUAUGUUACUGUCAAAGAUUUAAAAACGAAACCUUGGGUUGUUACAUCAGCAAAUUAAAAACCUUUCAAUUCAAUCACAUAUGUUACCCAUGAUGCACUAGUUGUUCAGAUUACUGUACCAAACAGUUCUUCAAUAAAUGAAAGUGAAAACUUG